UGCGGAGUGUGUGAGUCGGUAGGCUUGGCCCUCGCGAGCGAGAGAGCGGAGUCGCGGCCUGUCAGAGUCCACAGUCCUAACUCGGCCUCAGGCUGCGAUAGAUCGUAUCUUUCGCGGCAUCGAUCCCCGCCGCGGUGUACAGCAGUCAUUCAAUCCUCGCGAUCAAGCGAGUCGCGCGCGAUAGCAGUCGCCGGAUCGCCGGAGCGUGCAGCGCGCGCGCACGCGGCGCAACCCUCUUCUUCAUCGCCGGCCGAAUCCCCCUCCGACCGAUCGCGAGUGAUCGAACGACCUUCGACCGGUAUAGCGCGAAAAAUCCCCGGCGGGCGACUCGACUGUUCCUUAGCUCCGCCGCGGAAAUCGUAUCUCCACGCUUUCCCGCCGAUCGUCAUCAAAGCAAGGAAACACGAACGCGAGGGCGAAUUAUCGCGAUCGCGUUCGUAAAGGAACGGGAUAUUGGGAUACUGUUACGAGAGAUGCCAUCGAGAUCACGGUGUUGCCGAAACCACGUCUGAGCAAACGAAUCAUAAAUCAGAUUGAAAGAUGCAGGCAGCGCCGCCUUUGCUGUCGUUCCUCCUGAUCCUUCUGUAUCACUCGGGAUGGACUCACGGGCUCUGCAAGCUGGAAAAUCGCACCGCGGCGUGGUGCGACCAGCUGAAGGACCUCGAGCAGAUCGAGACGCACGGUCUGGAGUCCUUGAGUGCUCCGGCCGCACAAGACGUCUUAGUUCUGGGCCUCUUCGAUAAUCUGACUAGCCUUAGGCAUCUCGACCUGUCUGACGGCGAUCUGAAGAAGAUCGAACCAGGGAGUUUUCGAACUCUAAAUAACUUGAAAAGUCUCAAUCUCGGCGACAAUCGCAUUGAGUAUCUGGAACUAGGUUCCCUGGAGGGCUUGACCCAUCUCCGAAGCUUGAAUCUGCGGAGGAAUGUCAUCCAGCAACUGCCACCCGCGCUGGCGCGCCUGAAGAAUCUUAAGCAUCUAGACAUUCACGGUAAUCCGCUCGAGUGCAACUGCGCCACCCUCAAAGUCCGCGAUCUUAUCGCGCAGAGGGGCGUGAUGAUAUCGAAGAAGGUCGUGUGCGCGGGUCCCGGCAACAUGAAGGGCACGUCGCUGAUGAAGCCGACCGCGGCGAUUAUCUGCAGCUUCGAGCAGCAGGAUCGGGAAAUGCAGAACGAUCAAGCGCAGGGAUCUGGGGAUUCGGAUCUGGGAUCUGGAGAUUUGGACGGGUUCAGUGAAGAGGAGGAAGAGGAAGAGGUCAAUAAUAGCACGUCGGAAAAGCCGAAGGAACCAGAAAUCGAGACACCUCUUCCGAAUAUAGAUUCUACGACAGAAUCCUCCAUUUCGAAGGUGGCGAUCACUACCAGCGCAACGACGAAUUCCUUGCAACAUAGCGCUGAGGACGGGGAAAUUUUCUUCGAAAACGAAGACAAGAAGGAUCAAACAUCCACGACCGAGAUGUCGCAGAAGAAGGACAUUAAGGACGCCUUGUUUUAUCCAACCCAGGGUUCCGGCGAUGGGGACGAAGGCUCCGGCGAAGGGUCUGGUGCCACCGGAACGCAUUACGAUGAAGAAGAGACUGGGAAGACAGAUAGCGAUGAUUCCAAUGAGCAGUCGUCACUUUUCACGGUAACUAAUGUGUUGAGUAAUGUGUGGAAUAUUCUUGAUGGCUUUACGGGAACUUCCGCGACUACGUCGAAGCCUAAAGACCUAGAUCUUGAGGAGGAGCAAUUUAUAAACGUGUCGUCGACUAAACUGGCCACUGAGGAGCCGCUCGUACCCAAGGUCCAUUCGGUCGAGUCCGAAAUUGAUAAAAUCACCACCGAGAUUUCCACGGACACCAUAUCGCCUAAUCCUAAAGCCAGCGACGUAUUAGUGAUGACAUCUAACACGAGCGACGAUUCUAAAUCUGGUAAUAUCAUGGACAGAGGUAACAACGAACAAGCAGUAUCUUCACCUAAGCAAUCCAAGAAGGGCAUGGGCUCGUACGUCGUUCUAGCCGUUCUGCUCGCCAUAGUGGCGGCGCUGAUCGGUUUCGCCGCGUACAGAGGCGAGAUAUGUAGGAAGAGGAAACCGCCCGAUGUAGAGACCGGCACUGAGUUGAAGGAGAUACAGAAGUCUCUUCUGGAGCACGGUGAAAAUUCGACUCAACCGAAGAAGGACGCCUCGCCCUACGUAACGGAACUCGAGAGCGAUCCUCUCGUGAAGGCCAGACCUACUGGCGACGACGCGAAGAUUGACGAGAUUCACGAUGAUGACUAUCAAGCGCAAGAAGCGCCGCGACUCAAUGGCACUGUCGAUCAUUCGGAACCCGUGAAGCCGCCCAGGAAGCAACUUUCGCAGGACGAAAAUGCAAUUUCGCAAGACGGCGAGGCGAGAGAGGAGAGACCUCGCGUGGACGUGAAUUCCCUGAAGAAAAACUUCCUGGAAGAUAGAAACCCGCAGCCCUCCACUUCAACGAUACCGACGACCAAUGGACCGACGCCACAUCUUUCGGAGACAACUAAUGGACCACCGCUCAGCCCCGGGGCUCAAAGAGUGAAGAUCACUCUGCAGGAGAUUCCCGACAGUGUGCCAAAGACGCCUAUACUCAUCACGCGAACAAUGGCUGGUGAGAAUCUAGUCAAGACGCCAUGAAGCAGUGUCCCGGGAAGAGAAUCUACACGAGAUAGCGAACAUUGUAUCGACCGACCGACGUGUUACGUCUGUCGAAUGUAGGAGAUCGAGAGACAAAUAAUAUGUGCGGGAAUGAAAAGUUUUUUUUUUUUUACGAAUGCGACGUGUCCCUGAUGUGAUUUAUAAUAACGCUGUUGUUCCUAUAGGAUUGCACGCAAAUUGACUCCUCGCGAUGGAUUUUCGUGAUAAGGAAAGAUUACCGAGUCAAAGACCAUACACGACAGUGGCUAAGGGACUAUUGUUUUCGGCAGGAAGCUGAAAGUGUGCGAAAGGUGGCCGAGGGACAGUUGUAACCUCGGGCCGUUUUGUUGAACAAUCGGACACACGACACGCUAUAUGUAUAUAUUUGCUGAAACCGUAUGCUGUGCGGACUGUCCUUCGGAUAUCGCGUAUUCUUUUUUAUUUCGGCGAUCAUUCAUUCUGUUUGAUUAUGUCUUAUAAGGAUACACCUCAUAAAGGUGUAAAUUCUAAUUUUUACGAAACUUUGCAUACAUAUAAAUGAAGUAAAUAGAUGAAUAUAUAGAAAUUAUCAAUUGCUGCUAAAAACGAUUUCAAGAAGUAAAGAGUAAAUAAAGAUUUACAUUCUCUAAUCUUGAAUCCAUUGUCGAAAUCUUGCGAUUUUUAUCGCUUACAAAUCACGAGCUCUCCUUUUAUCAACACAUUUACCUUGUCUUCUUAAUUUAAUUGAACAAAAAUGCAUUUCGGACAUCCUGUAUUUACGCCAUACGCAUAGGAAUCCGCGGAUGGAGUUAUGUUCAAAGUUAACACUAUAGUACACUAGUCAGUCUUCCUAACGGGAAGUCUCGCGUGUCCCGCGAGCGAGCCAGAGCGAGGACAUCGGGAGUCCCGCGGUAUUCGCAUUCUCGCGCGAGAUCGCAUCGCGAGGAUCCUUCGAUUACUCGAGGAUCGACGAAAUGUUCGCCGCACGUCAGGCGUCGAUGAGCAUUCCAGUUAUGCCAUAUUUUUCUACACAUCGAAGAUUAAUACACACACCGCGACGGCCUCACGCCGUCCUUCGAUCGGAUAUAUCACAGAUUGUUUGCCAACGCGUACCUCGUAGUUUUUAGCGCGGCGUUUUAAGUGUGACACCGCGGUUUGGACGCGGAGGAAUUUGUAAUUCAAUGAGAGAUAGAGUUUGCCAAUUAUGAAUAAUGACCUUUGGGACAGCUUUUGUAGUAGACGGAGCUGCGAGCGAUGAAUGAUUUUGACAAUACCGCUAAUAUAUCAUAGAACCCAUUAUUCACGUCAGAGAAAAUAUAUACGUAAUAUUCUGUUAUCAUAUUAUUCCCUCCUGUAUAGCGGAACACGACCCCCUCUCGCGACCUUCAGUGGCGCACAUUUCAGAAAGGUGACAUGACUCGCGAUAUUUUCAUGUGCAUUAACGUAUUUAUUCGUUGCGCACGGCGCAAACUGAGAGGCGGACAGAUUUCGUGUAUGCGUGCGACGGCACUCCGUCGCGUGAUUAUCAGUUAAAUGCGACGCUUCACGUAUUGUAGCUGUGCGCAGCGUGACGGAGCGCCGCGAACGGGUUAUCAUAUUAUUCAUAUUAUUAUACCUUUACGUACGAUUCUUUAAGUCAAAAUGUGUCGAAUGUGCUGUCACGGCGUAUAUGAUUUAAUUUUAAGAUAGCGCGGAUCCUCCCCGUUAGAGAUCGAAACUUGUCCCAACGAUAACGCAUCGUCGGAUUUAAUUUAGCUUAGAUAAAGUAAGGAACUCAGUGAAGAUAGUAAGUCUUUAUUUAUAUAUGUUCAGCCUUUGAUCAAUAAAAGAGAGUGUUAUUUUGUUGA